AUGCAAUUCUUAAAUAUCGCUUUAUUAGCUGCUGCUGCCGUUGUCGUCAAGGCUGAAACUACCACCGAGACCGACUUCUCUACUGAAGUAGCUACCAUCACCUCAUGUGGUCCUGAAGUUACUAACUGUCCAGCUGAAUCUUCCGUUUCAUCUGCUCCUGCUAACGUUUCCAGCUGGGAAGGUGCUGCAGUUGGUAAGGCUCAAUACGGUGUCGCAGGUGCUGCUGCUUUGGCUGCCGGUGCUUUGUUGGCUUUGUAA